AUGAGGAGCACAAGAUUUCUAGUGGAUGGAGUCAAGAAACUAGAUAUUCAACCUUUUUAUAAUCUUGGCCGACCAGUUAACUGCAGGGGUCUCAUUAACGAACAUUGGUGUAUGCCAGAACUGGGAAUUUUCUUUCAUAAUGUGAAUGGGGUUGUUAAACCAUCUUAUGAAUCCCGAGUUACUAAAGGUAUUUGGAACUAUGAUCUAGAAAUACAGUGUAUGGAUCCAGUAUCAUGUAUAACUACUAUAUCCUCAGUGGAUUAUACCUCGGACACUCUUAUGCUCGAAAUAUCAAAUAAGGAUCAGCAAGUCAUAUUAAGGCUGAAGAAUAGAGCAGAUCUUUCUUAUACAGAAACUAGCGGAGGACAAACUACUUUAGGAAUUGGAUCAAAACCAGCAAUUAAUUAUACUUUCAAUUUAAGGUCUUGGCAAAAAAUAAAACAAUUUUGGUAG